UACUACUGUUUCACAGUUAACAUACACCCUGUCUCUUCAGUUGGAAAAUGUCCCAAAUGAAAGAAGAACGAGGAGCGAUCCUGCGACGUCGGACGAAGCACGAUGAUGAUCUCCCAGACGAAAUCGUGUUGGACAUCUUUGCAAGGCUGCCAGUUAAAUCUCUCCUUAGAUUCAGGUGCGUUUGCAAACCCUGGUACUCUUCCAUAGCAAACCCCAGAUUCAUCACUACCCACCUCCUUAAUCACAAUCAUCAUCACGGUUAUCUCAUACACAUUCGGAAUAUUCCCAAACCUUCAUCUGGGUCUUCACGUUCUAGCGGUCAAGUCUGUACUCUCACAUGCGACCAUACCUAUGAAACCAUAUCCGUGUUUAGAGUUCCUUUCACUUUUCAAUCUGGGUUUCCCUACUUUGUGGGUUCAUGUAAUGGAAUAUUGUGUAUCACUAAUUAUACAGCAGGGUCUAAAGUUGUUUACUUGUGGAACCCCAGUAUUAGAAAAUUUAAGAGGUUGCCCGAUAACCAGUUUCGCAAUAUGACAUUCGGAAUUGGGUAUGAUUCCCAGAAUAAUGACUUCAAGGUUGUUGGGAUUUCACGGAAUUUUUCCAAGUCUAAUCGUCCCCCUGAGGUUUGGGUGUACUCAUUAAAUUCGGAUUCAUGGAAAAGAGUUGAACUUGGAAUCUCGUUGCGACCCAAUGUUUUAUACUUCGAUGGGAAUUAUUUUAAGGUAUUACCAUUUGUUAGUGGGCAUUUACAUUGGAUGUUUAAAAUGUCAGGUGGACAGGAGAGGCAUUCUACUCAUAUGCUUUUGUCAUUUGAUGUCAUUAGUGAGAAAUUCAAACAGCUACAACUGCCUGAUGAUGAAGGAAGAGGAAGUUGUGAGACGAAAUUCGUUAAUUCAUUCAAGGGGAAACUGGCUUUGAUUAAAUUUGAAAGUGGUGCCCAAGCAGCCCAACCACAUGGCGUGCUAUGCUCAAUUUGGGUGAUGAGGGAGUAUGGUGUGAUUGAUUCCUGGAAUAAACUUUGUGUUCUGUCAAUCGAAAAUAUUAAUUUUUGCAUUAGUUUCACCAAGGAUGGCUUAGUUCUAGUUCAAAAAGGGUCUCUGCCGGUCUCUACCAACGGUGAAAUAGAGAGGAAAUAUAAGAAUGUUUUAAUUGACCCUGAAACUCUACAUGAGAAGGAGAUUGGUAAUGAAGUUGAUUAUCAUUUUGAUGUAACCGCUUACAUGGAGAGCCUUGUUUUGCUUGAUGGAGCAAAUGUGGUAUCUUACUAGGAGGAUGGUGCUAUGUGUCUAAUAAGGAAUAUCAUAACAGAUGAGAGUAAGGAAAUGGAGAGGAUUCGGUAGAAAUUGAAUUUAAGAUGUAGGAGAGUGAAGAGAAAGAAUUUUUUCCAGACAGAGAAGUAGAGCAGGAAUGCUUCAAAAAGGAAGUGGACUCAAAGAUGAAUGGUGGUGAGAGCUUUGAUCAGAUAAUUGGGGUAUCUUUUACGGAAAACAUUAACGAUGGUGGAAGCCCACCAUCAAAGCAGCAGCAACAUAAGAAGAAGAUGAAGUUUUUGUUCGGAAAGUUUGGAAGUCUAACCAAGAAGGAUGGCACUAGCAACCAUAAGUGAUUCCUCAUGUGGGACAGUAUCUUGUAUGUGAUGGAUAUUUUUUUCCUUCAUUUUUGUUGUUUACAUUGCCGUUCUUAUCUAUAUUGUAUGAAUAGGAGUGGUAAUUUGAAUUUAUAUUUUGA